AUGAUGGAAUCAAUGUUGCAGGUCCUCGUCCGGGGUGUACAGAUUCUCUGGGUCCUCCUCGUCACAGCACUGAUCGGCAAUGUCAUCGCCCUCAACAUUAACAGUGCCGGCUCUGCCAUGGCCGCCAUCAAUUUCUCUAUGUUCGUCGCUGUCAUCAGUUGGCUGGCGGCUCUCUACGGCCUGGCAGCCGCCUUCGUCUCGGCCAUCGCCAUCCCCAUUGCCCUGUUAGCUCUCGAUGGCGCUGCUAUCCUCUUCACAUUCAUCGACGCCAUUGUGUUGUCCGCCAAGCUGCGCGCAGUCAACUGUGGCUCGCUGAAUAGGAGGGACUUGCCGAGCGACUACAUUGUCUGGGGCUCCGCCAACGACGAGAAGCGCUGCCGCGAGAUCCAGGCCAGCACCGUCUUCAUGUGGUUCCUGUUCGCCAGCUUCUGUGCAGGCGGCUUCUUCACCUUCAUGAACUUCCGUCGCGGCGGGGGUUCUGUCCGCAGCUCUCGCCCCAGCAUGGCGCAGGUUGGCGUCUAA